ACCCCAACACACUGACGGUUUGCACAAGGAGAAAAGCUACGCAACCAACCGCAGGGGUCAGAGGUCAGACAGGAAGUGGAGGAGGAAGUGGUGAAGAGAGCCGAGUGGCAUCGAGACGCAGCGGAGACGUUUCUGAACGCUCUGGAGAACAUGGAUGUGAUGACGGAGAGCAGCAUGAGUCUCGCUCAGACCGUUUCAGAGGAGCAGGAGAGAGGAAACAGGAAGCACUGGACGAAUCGUCUGCCAGAGACUCUGCUGAACGCUCUCUCUCAAGCAGACAUCAUGGACUGCAGCACAGAGACGCUGGAGUCGUCAGAGGAGACGCGUCUCACAGAGGAAGAGUGUGAUGAAGAUGAAGAUGACGUGGAGGUGGAUGAAGAGCGUCUGGAGCCUCGAUCAGAUGAUGAAGACACGAACUUUGAGGAGUCUGAGGACGAGCUGCGGGACGAGGUGAGCGACUCCAUGAGGAACCUCCUCACCACACAGGAGCAGGACGAGGAUCGAGCGGCACAGGAAGUGAACAGCAGAUCAGAGGAAGUGAGGGAGGAGACGCAGCCACCCGCUCAUGAUGAGUCUGCAGUGAACUGAUCCUGUGUUUCAUUCUUUUUGAGUUCUUUUGCUUUCUUUCUUUCAUUCUGUGUGAAUAUGUGUUAAACUGUAAUGUAUUUCUGUGAUGCGCAGCUGUAUUUUCAGCAUCAUUACUCCAGUCUUCAGUGUCACAUGAUCUUCAGAAAUCAU